GCCCAGCCGUGCACAGCCCAAGUAUAAAAGGAGCGACUCGCGGCCGCCGACCGCCAUAGAGCAGGCUGCUACGGCGCGGAACGGAGUAACACGUGUCUGGUUGUGCAACAGUGUGCAAAUCUGUUGUAAAUAUUUCGUGGGAAAAGUUCUGCACUCUUGGUCCGACAUCUUAGUCCUUGCGUCAUGUUCUGCGGCAGCAUUAGUUGGUUCAUCUGCAUUUUUGUGGCCGUAGUCAUAACUGUAAAUUGCAGUGACUCAGAUUCCAUUGCAGGACCCGAUCUGGAAGUCAAUGUUUUACGCUUAAGAUCUGAAAACCCAGGAGAGUCCACAGUGGAACCAGAAACGGAGGCUAAGGAGACCCCAGCUGUCGAUCUGAGCGCCCUGUUGGACGCCGGGGAGGGCGCCGUCGUGACCCUGGUGGCCGGCGACACACGUCUUGCAGCGCACAGGGCCGUCCUGGCUUCCAGGAGCCCUGUCUUCGAAGCCAUGUUCCGGCAGGAUCCGCUGGAGGCCAGCAGCGGUCAGGUCGCAGUACAGGACGUGGAGGGCCCAGUGCUGCGCCAGCUGCUGGCCUACCUGUAUACACUCCAGGCCCCCCGGCUGCCCGGCAUGUCUGCACAGCUGCUGGCCGCCGCUGAUAAGUACGGCGUGUCGGCCCUGAAGGCGGAGUGCGAGCUGCAGCUGGCCGCACAGCUGUCCGUCGAGACAGCGGCUGCCACGGCUGCUCUCGCGGUCAGGCACUCUUCUGACAGCCUCAAGCAGGCGGCCAUUAAAUUCAUAAGGGCUCACUUGGUGCAGGUGAUUUUCACACGGGGCUGGGCUGAUGCAGUGCGCUCCCAGCCUCAAGACAUGGCUGAUGUGUAUCGCCUGCUCUUGGAGACGCCAAUGGAAACCAGCGCGCCAGCUGUUGGAGACAGUGACAGCGGGGCCACUCCCACCCCCGCCACUCAGCCACACAGCGACCACGGCGGGACCCCUGCCACAGCCGCACCACCCACCACUCAACGCCCAGCUGCUCCACCUGAUGGCAAUACUCUCUCUCUUCUGCGAUAUGCUGACGCUCACCGAGAAGCCAACACUGGCACCCCACUGCAGACGCCGAGUAACACCACUGCACAACGUCAAAGACCGCCAGCAACUGCAGACAGCAGGACCACCCCGGCUACUGAGCUGCACAGCAACCGCGGCUGGACUUCGGUCACAGCUGCACCACCCACGACUCUGCACUCCACACUCUGGCCUGAUGGCAGCACCGCCUCUACUCUGCACACACCAGCCACUACAGACAGCUCAGUCGCCCCCACCACUCAGCUGCAGAGCAACCAUGGUGACCACAGGCGGACUUCCGCCUCAGCUACCACGCCCACAGCUGCCAGCCCGACUCCCUCAACCGAUAGCGCCGCCAUCACUCUGCUGAGGAGUAUUUCUGGAGAGGAGAAGGGCCGGAGGCUGAUACACGCAGCUAAGGAAGGGGCAGUGGAGGAGCUGCAGGCCCUGCUUAAGGCUGGAGCAGACGUGGAGGCGAUGGAUGGGAACAUGGAGACCGCCUUGCACUGGGCAGCGAAGCAGGGCCACGUGGAGGUAGCGAGGCGUCUGUUGGAGGCCGGGGCAGAAGUGGAAGCCAGGAACGAUAGGAAGAGCACGCCGCUGCAAAUGGCUGCAGAGAGAGGCCACGCAGCUAUGGUGCAGUUACUCAUAGCGUCUAAUGCCUACGUCAAUGCCAAGAAUCAGUUUGAGAGUACAGCAAUGCACUACGCGGCAGAGCAUGGCCAUGCAGAAAUUGUGAAUACAUUGCUGGAGGCAAGGGCAGAAGUGGAUGCCAGGAAUGAGAAGCAGAGCACAGCUCUGCACAUUUCUGCAUGGAAAGGCCACACAGCUGUGGUGCGGCUGCUGUUGGCGUCUAAAGCCGACCCCAAUGCCGUGAAUAAAUUUGGGAUGACGCCGCUGCACUAUGCGGCCCAGCAGGGCCACAGUGAGGUGGCGACAUUGCUGCUCAAGGCAGGGGCUAACAGGGAGGCCAGAGAUAAUGAUGGGAACACAUCACUAGACCUCGCAAGGCUGAAGAAACUCCAGAAGUUGAUAGAUAUGCUAAGAUGAAGCUAGAAGUCCGUCAGAUAUGUCUAGACCAAAACCAGAUGAGUUUCAUCAAGUGAAUUUUGGUUCUUUUUAAAACAAAGAAUACAAAAAGAUAA